GUGAACCUACCCGUUUCUGGAAGCUGAUUUUUACUUUUAUUUUUUUUACUUGUGUGGUCAGUUUUUCAGUUCUGAUCUCAUUCUAAAACUGAUACAUGUGCCUGCAGACAUUGUGAGAUGGCCAUGCUCAUCUUCAUAAUCUUUCAUCUUUUCCUGGAGAUUAAAUCACAAGGUUUUCCACAGGCCAAGCUGACAAUAUUUCCAACAUUUGCCGUUGAUGAAGAAAAGGUGCAGAUGAUCUGUGAAGGUCAGGAGAACCAACAUAUAUCUGAGUGCAUGUUUUACCCUGUAGGACAGGAGCAAUUUAUACAACCGGUUACAUCAUGUAAGCUUUCCCUUACCGGUGCCGAACUGAUCUCAUGGUCACGAGAUCAGGAGAGUUCACAUGUUAACAUAUCCUGCUACUACAGCAUAGGAAAAAAUGAAACAUCACCUCAUUCCGACAGAGUCUCAGUUAGGGUCAGAGGUUUGGCCACCACGUCAUCUUUGCCCCCAACCACAGAGGGCAGCCCAACUACUACGACCCCCAAUGAAACCAUUCAAGGAAAUUCAUCCACUGAGCCAACAUCGAACACAGCACUAGGUUUGGCUGUAACAUCCAGUGCUGAAAUCGUAACAGAUUCAAUAACCACACCCUUUGAAUCGACUACGCUCACUGAUGCUACAGAACAUGCAUCAGGCACUUUUUUCCUUACUGAAGGCACUGACUUCAAAAAGUACUCGAAUACAAAAAUGUUUUUCUCCAUUGCUGCGGUCGCAAGCGGUGCAGGAAUUUUACUGACUGUACUUGUGAGCAUCUGUUUGUACGGAUGUACACGAAAGUCAAAGGCAGAGAGGAUUUGGAUUGAAUUCAACAGCAAAAAAAACAUGAACGUUCUUUACCAACGGCCAGUUCAGACACACCUGCAGAAGAAGAUGUAGUGAUUUAUUCAACCCUGAACUUCACACAACCCCCUUCACAACCACUAGGUAUCAGCGACAGCAGGAGUGUUUACAGUCAGCUGAAGCUCCGCUGAAAGAAUCAAACUCUGCCUGCUACUGUUUUAUUGCAGGUCAGAGAUAAUCAAUCAGAACUUUAAACUAGAUUUAAUCCUUUAUAUAGCGAAUGCCUUUUAUUGUAAAUGUUAUUGUAACUUCUGCUACGUAAUGUCAUUAUCUUAACCUUUAAAAAAAGUGUGUCAUGAAGAUCUGUCUGGUUUUGGAUUACUAGUUUUACACAUACAGUAGGGUCACAGCAUUAAUAUGCAAACCUUUAAGCAAUAAUAAUCACCUUACAAUUGUUAUACUGUGUUAUUGUGGAUGGCCCUUGUAUUGAUGAUCAUAUUUUAUCCCGUUGCUUUGUGUGUGAAUAUUAUUACCCGAUGUUCAUUAUUUAAAGCACCUCAUUUUAUCUCACUGCAAACAGACAGGAUUAAAAAAUUCAGCUUUGCCAUCACAGGAAUAAAGUAUAUUAAGAUUUUAAAUUGGAAUAAUAUUUCACAAUGUUGUAUUUGUUAACAAAUAAAUGCAAACCUAGUGAGCAAGAGAG